CAAGUAGGAGUUGGAGGGGGGGCACUUGAUGUCAGCUGCUGCAAUUGUUACGUGAUUCUGUAGCUUGACAGAAGCUAAUAAUUCAUAAAAGCUUUAAAAGCACAUUUGAGACGGUAUAAAGCGGUCGAAAUGUGUUUUUAUUUUGAAUAAAAAUAAAAUGAAGAGAGUUCAACGCCGAGUGACGCCCCCACCCCCGACCCCGGACCCCUCCCUCUCCUCCUCCCGUCUCUGCGGUGGUGAGACACUCGCUCGCAGUACGAGAGCGCGAGAGUAGUUGCGAGCUUGGUGGUGCUUCAGUUUGUCAGCAGCCGGGCGGCAGCGCAGCAGCAAGUGAGCAGCCUGCACAGCGAGCGAACCGACCGAACCAGGAAAGCAACCGUACCGCGAGUCAGCCCCAACGCCAUCAAACGGGGAGAUUUUUCCAACUAUUAUCUUUUUUUUUUUUUUUUUUUAACUUCCGCACAUCUUUUGUUGUUGUUGUUGUUUUUAAUGUCCGGCAUCCUCGUCCUCCUCCUGCUGACAGAACCACGAACGUGAUGCGGACCUCCGCUGAUUAGACGCCCGAACCGAGCCGGUCACGACACUCACAAAAAGUGGACUUCAUUGUGAGAGGAAUAUUCCCCUGCCUCCAUUUGGAUUUCAAGUGCUUGUCUUUCUUCAUACGUGUGGAUUUUUGUUCGAUUUUUUUGUCAUCUUUUUCCAACCCUCCGACUUCCGGAGUGGACACCGACAUUGAGCGUAGCCUGUAGCCGGGCUGGAGCGCUUCAAGCUGGGCUACCGCGCGGCGCUCACCCGCUCCAGAGUGAUGGCGGCACUGCUCUGCCUGGCGGUGGUGCUACUGUCAUCGUGCAACGGCGCCCCCUCCGACAUCCUCUACCGGGUCUCCGAGGAGCAGCCGCCCAACACACUGGUGGGCAGCCUGGCGGCGGACCGCGGGCUGCCCGACAGCGGGCACCUGUACAAGCUGGAGGUGGGCUCGCCCUACCUACGCGUGGACGGAAAGACGGGAGACAUCUACACCACCGAGAUCCCCAUCGACCGCGAGACCCUCAGGGACUGCCGCAACCUCUUUGAGAACGACAAGUGCUACAUGGAGUUCGAGGUGUCCAUCACCGACAUGGUGAAAGGCAUCGGAUCGGGUCCGCGCCUCAUCGAGGGCCGCAUCGAGGUUCUGGACAUAAAUGACAACACGCCCCAGUUCUCCUCACCCAUCCUUACCCUGUCGAUCCCGGAGAACACCCACGUGGGCGCACUGUUCGCCAUUCCCAUGGCGACGGAUCGCGACGACGCUAACAACGGCGUGGCCGAGUACUCCCUGAGCAUGGGACCCGACGCCGAGCAGCUCUUCGGACUGCAGGUGGCGGUGGACACGGACGAGAAGCUGCCCCAGCUAGUUGUCAUGGGGAACCUGGACCGCGAGAAGAAGGACUCGUACGACUUGAACGUUCGUGUGGUAGAUGGCGGGCGACCGGCCAGGGCCAGCAGCGCCCUGCUCAGGGUGGUCGUCACUGACCAGAACGACAACGCUCCAAAGUUUGAGAGGAGUCACUAUGAUGCUGAGCUGGCAGAGAACAGCCCGCUAGGACACUCCGUGCUACAGGUCCGCGCAAAUGACGCCGACAUGGGCACCAAUGGUGAGAUCGACUACAGCCUGCACCAGAUGUCCGAGGCAGUCCAGAGACUUCUGCGCAUCGACCGCUCCACCGGAAUCAUCUACGUCAAAGGCAUGGUGGACCGUGAGGAGGAGAACUUCCUCAAGUUCUCUGUCGUGGCCAAAGACCGGGGGCCAAACUCCAAGAGCUCCAAAGUCCUGGUAACCAUCAACGUCCGGGACCAGAACGACAAUGCUCCCACCAUAGAGAUCCGCGGCAUUGGCCUAGUGACGCAUCAGGAUGGCAUCGCCAACAUCUCAGAGGACAUGCCGGUGGGCACCGCGGUGGCGCUGGUCCAAGUGUCGGACCGCGAUGAGGGGGAGAAUGCGGUGGUGACGUGUGUGGUGGCCGGCGAUGUCCCAUUCCAGCUGCAGCCUCUGGGUGAGUCCAGCAACGACCGUAAAAGGAAGUACUUCCUGCAGACCACCACGCUGCUGGACUAUGAACGAGUGAAGGAUUACAGGAUUGCGAUCGUGGCGGUGGAUUCCGGCAACCCUGCUUUGUCCAGCACCAACUCCCUGAAAGUGCAAGUCACCGACAUAAACGACAAUACACCCAGCUUCUCCCCAGCCAUCCUGGAAGUGGACUUUGCUGAGGGGAACCAGCCGGGCGACAAGGUGCUACAGGUGGUGGCUGCCGACGCCGACAGCGGCAGCAACGCCGAGCUGGUCUACAGUAUCGUGGAGCGCUCGGCCACCCCGCUCUUUGAAAUCGACAACAGCAGCGGCGAGGUUCGAGUUAAGAACCUGCUGGACCGCGAGGAGACAGAGCGCUACGAGUUCCGCGUGGCGGCAGCUGACAAAGGCGUUCCGAGCAAAACCGGCACGGCGACAGUGAUAAUCAACGUCCUAGACCGCAACGACAACGACCCCAAGUUCAUGCUGAGCGGCUACAGCUUCUCCGUCAUUGAAAACAUGCCACCGCUUAACCCUGUGGGGGUGGUCACUGUUACCGAUAUUGACAAGGGCGACAAUGCUCGAGUCAAGUUGUUUGUUGAACCCGACAAUGGCAAGUUUGUCAUCCAAAACGGCACCGGAAACAUCUUGUCCAGCAUAUCGUUCGACCGAGAGAAGGAAAGCACUUACACCUUUCGGCUGAAGGCAGUGGACGCUGGUGACCCCCCUCGAUCCUCCUAUGUGGGCAUCACCAUCAACGUCCUGGAUGAGAACGACAACGCCCCCUAUGUCACCAAACCUGCCAACUCGUCCUACACGUACCUGAGCCCUGUCACAGCUCUGGAAAGCCGCGUAGAGGUGGUGGAAGCCGAGGACAUCGACUCGGGACCCAACGCUGAGCUGGAGUACAUCAUCACCGGGGGGAACCCGUAUGGACUCUUCCACAUUUCGCCCACCACAGGGGAGAUCACCCUGGCACAGAAAUUCACAGGGAAGCACAACGGGCUGCACCGGCUAGUGGUGCAGGUUCGGGACAAAGGCAAGCCACCUCGCCACACCACCACGCUGGUGCAUGUGUUUGUCAACGACACCAAGGCCAACGUGUCACUGAUUGAGGCUCUGGUGGGGCAUAGUCUGUACACCCCCCUGGACCGGGACAUCGCGGGGGACCCCAACUACGCCUUGGCACAGCGUAGUAACAUCCUGUAUGGGAGCCUGGCCGGGAUUGCCGGCGUCAUCCUGGUCAUUGUGGCCGUGGUGGUCAUCAGGCACCGACUCCAGAAGGACACCAAGAGCGGCUACCAGGCGGGCAAGAAGGAGAGCAAAGACCUAUACGCCCCCAAGCAGGGACCCAAAAACUCCAAGGGGAAAAAGAGCAAGAAGGGCAAAGCUCCAAAACCAGCCAAACCUCUAGAAGAGGACGAGGAUGCCAGCCUCCAGAAAGGCCUCAAGUUUAAUCUCAUCAAUGAGGUUGUUAGCGACAGUCCCCGGAUACACUUGCCCUUAAACUACCCGCCCGGUAGCCCUGACUUGGGGAGACACUACCGCUCCAACUCGCCACUGCCGUCCAUCCAGCUUCAGCCGCAGUCGCCCUCAGCCUCCAAGAAACACCAGGCGGUGCAGGACCUCCCUGCCACCAACACCUUCGUGGGCACGGGUGACAACAACUCCACGGGCUCUGACCAAUAUUCGGAUUACAGCUACAAGGCCAACCCGCCCAAAUACAGCAGCAAACAGCAGCCGCAUCGCCGGGUAACCUUCUCCACGGCCAACCAGGCGCCGGACCUGCAGGACGCGUCCCAGCACAGCUACUACGACAGCGGACUGGACGAGUCGGAGACGGUCAGCUCCAAGUCUUCCUCCGGGCCUCGGAUCGGCCCGCUGGCACUGCCCGAGGACCACUACGAACGCACCACACCCGACGGCAGCAUCGGCGAGAUGGAGCACCCCGAGAACGACCUGAGGCCCCUCCCGGACGUGGCUAUGACAGGCAACUGCACGCGCGAGUGCACUGAGUUCGGCCACUCGGACUCAUGCUGGAUGCCUGGCCAGCUGUCACCCAACCGCAAGGGAGCCAAGGGCGCCGCCCCCCCCAAGCUGUCCACCUUCGUGCCUUACCAGGAGACGGACGCCGCCCGGGACCCGCCGGCGCCGCUCCCUGUGGCCAACGGCAGCCCCAAGCCCAUCCCCGUGGAGGAACGUGGGCCGGGCGGCGGCGGCAGGGUGGCAAACAUGCGCUUCAUGACGCCCUACAGCAGUGCCUACCCCCUGGGCGCGGCUGCCAAAGACUGCGGCCUGGAGGAGAUCCCCCUCAGCCAGGCGGUGGAGUUCCACUCGGCCACCACCCCCACGGGACACGCGUCCAAGAGGGAGAUCUACCUGUGAGGGCGCCACCCCUGACGCUCCCAGCUUCGAGCCCCGCCAACUGUCACCCCCUGUUGACGCUGCUCACCUGAACACCUGCUCCCCAUAAACAAACCACACUGCCCUUAAACACCUCACAAACCCUCACUACCGCCCCAUAAACACCUCACUGCCUCCUAGACUUCACCCCAGGCGCCUCCUUAGUGCUCCUAAACACCUCACAGGGCCCCAAGCACCUUUACUGUCCCUAAACACCUCACCACAUCCCCAUAAACUCCGCACUUGGCCCCCAAACACCUCCCUUACGGCCCCCUUAUCACCUAACUACACGCCCAACCACCUCCCUGCUCUAAUAAACACCUUACUGCUCCAAAAACCUCAUCACCACCCCAAACCACCUCACUGCCCCCCUAAACACAUCUUACUUUCCCCCACCAUCCCACUGAACACCUCACUGCCAGUCCUAAACACCUCCCUUACUGCCCCCUAAACACCUCACCACAUCCCCAACACGUCUCUUCCCUAUUUAACAACUUACUGUCAACCCCAAACACCUCAUUACUGCCCUAACUGGUCCCACAAAGACCCAACUGCCCUAUUAAGCAGCUUACUGCCCCACCCAAACACCUCAGUGCCCCUCUAACAUCACACUCGACACCUCAUCGGGACCCCAUACACCAUAACGCUACUAAACACAUGACUGGCCCACCCGAACACCUCACAAAACACCUCUCUGCCCUAUUAAACACCUUACUGCCCCACCCAAAUACCUCACUGUCGCAUCCAAACCCAUGGUCAAUUCCCUUAACACCUCACUGACCCCCCCAACACCUCAAUAAACACCUCACCACCCUUAAAAAGACCUCACCAUCCCCAACAACCCUCUUACAAAACACCUCUCCAGCCCCCUGAAAACCUCACCUGUGCCUGGCUGUGUUUCACCACAGACUCCCCUUUUCCCUUACGCCCACUGCUUUAGACUCUGCCCACCUGGCUUCAAGCCAACCAAUCAGCUGUAAAUGAGAAAUGGAAGGAAUGUAAACAACACACUUUACUUUUGUUUCAUGUUUUUGCCCCCACCUCCUUCCCCCAAGUAGACUUUGUUGUAAAUCCUUACGCAGUAUUCCAUGUGAAACUAUCUAGCCAGACUUUGAACUUCUUUCUUUGGACUUCUGUGGGAAGUUUUUGCUGCGACCGUCAAAAAAGUCAAACAACCUGGCCUGUUUUUUUGUUUUGUUUAUUUGUUUUUUUAACCAGGACGUUUGCCUCGUUUACAUACGGCGGGAAUCUUUGUCUUUCUCGUGUUUUUUCCCCGGUGUAUAUGUGUAAAUAUGGCGAAGCUCGCGUGACGUCACGCCGCUGGACUGACGGGUUUUGCAUGUACAGACGCUGCCGGGAAAUGUUUGUUUCUUGUUUUUUCUUCUUGAACAUCACAACACUCUCGUUACAGGAGAAACCGUUCAGAAUUAAUUGACAAGCCCAAAGUGGAAAUUAAGAACUUUCAGGUCAAAAUUAAAAUUCUCAUCAUCCUCCUCAUCAUAAUGAGAGCUGAAGGUUGUAAUCUGGAAUAUUGAAGUGAAUCCGAAACAUUUUCUUGAUUGUCGUCAUCAUCCAUAUUAAAUGUUGAUUGUCAAAGAAUUCAUCAACAACACAGUUCAUCACUGAACAUGAAAAGAAGUCAGCGCAGAAGUUCAAGUUGAUGUUAAAUAGAAAAGAGUAAUCAUAAUAAUAAAAUAGUUGGGAGGAGCCAGAAUGUCCACAUUUUCACAAGUUAACAGGAAGUAUCAAAGUGGUCAAGUAUUUUUUAGGCUACAAAAUAUUUUUUCUUGUUAUAAUUGCUGUGUUUAUUAUUAUUAAUUAAUCACCUUUUCAGCUUUCAUUAUUAUUAUCAUUAGUAUUAAUUUUCUAGCAAGCUAUCCAUCUUUUGGGGACGGAAUAUAUUUGUUAUUUUAAUGAUUGAAAAAAUAGAACCUUUUGAGAUCUUUAUUAUAAUUAUGGCAAAUAAACCACCUUUUAUGGACUUUAAUUAUUAUUGCCUUUCAUUAUUACAGCAACUCAAUUCCCUUUUGUCGCCUUUAAUAUUCUUAUUCUGGCCAAGUGAUCACCCUCUUAAGGAUUUAAUUAUUAUUUUUACCCUCAGUACACAGUACUGCCAAAUGAAUAACUUUUGGGGGCUUGUAUUAUUAUCUCUUUUUCUUCUUCUGACCAAGUAAUCAGCCUCAUAAGGCUUUUAUUAUUAUUAUUAUUGUUAUUAUUAUUAUUAUUAUUAUUAUUAUCACUUUCAGCAGACUGCCGAAUGAAUCACUUUUGAGGCCUUUAACUAUUUUUUAUUCAGGAAAUUUUCAGUGUGCUGGUGAUGGCAAAUUGGGUCAUACUUUAAGCAAACUGCAGUUAUUAUUAGUAGUGUCAUCCUGGCAAACGUAUCAAUUUGGGGGCAGCUUUAAUCAUUAUUUGUAUUAUUACUCUGCCAAAUAGCUCUCCUUUUGGGGGGGGGGGCUUUUAAUUAUAAUUUUUAUUCUGCCAUUUUUAUUUUUCAUCUGUCAGGCUUUAAUUAUUAUUAUUAUAUAUCCUGGCAAAAUAAUCCAUUUUGUGGAAAUGUUAUUAUUAUUAUUAUUAUUCCAGCUAAAGCCAAAUUAGUAAAUUUCCUUUACGAGGGCUUUAACAUCAACUAAAUAAUUCACCAAAUUGUGCAAAAACUUGUGUGAUGGUGGAAAAUUGAAGCAAUCAAACCCCCUUAAGCCACUGGGCGGCGCUCCCUGGAGUAGUCUGUCAUUUUGUUUUGAUUUCUGUGCCGAUUUUGUUGGAAUAGGUCCAUUUCCAGUCAUGUUGUAAUCUAUAAAACGUAAAUUGUGAGGAAUAUUCCCAUUUCAAGGCCCAACUCCCGCUUCUGCCUAGACCCCCGUCGUCUUUCCUGCUUCCUCAGCCUCUUCUUUUCCUCUUUCCUCUCGCCUUGGCCGUCAGGAAUCAGGUCAUUUUUUUUCCCUUCCCACCUCCCAAGCGGCUGCCGUGUUUUGCUGCGUGAGGUAAAGAUGGAGGCCGGAGGUUAUGCUUACUCUUUGCUACCAAUUAACCUCAGCCGACACUCAGUGACCUUUCACUGCCUCUGCUGGCUUUGAGUGCGUGUGUUUGUGUGCAUGCCUAUGAGUGUGCAGUUCAUUUCUUAAACUUUAAAGGUAGCGUCACAAUUCUUUAAGUCUUAAUUUGAGACUUUUUGACCCUGAAAGGAAAGUAAAAGGAUUUUCUUUUCCUCGCUUUCAUUUAUUAGCCUGCCAUACAGCAACACCCCAAAAAAAUCACGAACCAUCUCUAACAAAUUAAACAUUUACACCCAACUCCAAAUUUGUGGCAUUUGAUUUAGCAGCUUGACCUUUGGUAGGCCUGUCUAUUAUAAGUAGACCCACACAAAUUCUCAAGAAGCUAUGCCCGAAAAGACACAAAGUCUGCCAUUUUGGUUCGAAUUUGUCAAUUAAGGGAUCCUUGUUCCUUGGAAUUUUUUCGAAAAUUCAACCCCAGCACCCAUUGUGGCCUGGAAACAUUAAGUUUUAUAGGCAUAUCAAUCAUGAGGAGACCCACAAAACAGUCUCAAGAAGCCAUCCCUGAAAAGACACAGGACGUCUGCCAUUUUGGUUCAAAGUGACUCAUUUAUGUAGGCUCAUUUCUAGGGGCUAUUGCUCCCUGGAAUUUAUUUGAAAAUUCACCCUCCGCUCCCAUUUUGUCUUGGAAACAUGACAUUUGCUACGCAUGUCUUUCAUGAGUAGACCCACAAAAAGUCCCAAUAAGCCAUGCCCGAAAAGACAAAGAGAGUCAGUCCUUUUGGUACAAAGUGGCUGAUUUAGGCACAUCCCAAGGAAUUCUGGCUCCCUAGAAUGAUUUUUUUUUUUUAAACUCAGCCCCUGCAUUCUGUUUGACUUAACAACAUGAAAUUUGGUAGGUAUGUCUAUCAUGAGUAGACCCACAGAAAAGUCUCCAGAAGCCAUGCCUGAAAAGCCAAAUAAAGUCUGCCAUUGUAGUUCAAAGUGGCCAAUUUAGCCUCAUUUCAAGGGAUCCUUGCACCCUGAAAUUUUUGGGAGAAUUCAGCCCUCGCUCCAUUUGUCUUGGAAACAUGAAAUUAGUUUUUUUUUGUUUUUUUUUGGUUGUUUUUAUUUGGGGGGGGGGGGGGGUAUUUUGUAAUUUGUCGAUUGUGAGUAGACCCUCAAAAAGCCAUAGCCAUAAAGACACAGGAAGAUUUGCAAUUUUAUUUUGAAGUGAAAAUUUUCGGCUCAUUUUGUCCAUUUCCAGGUGUUUUUAAAGACAAACUGCUCCUAGAAAAGGAGUUAUUUCCUUUGUUUUGUUUAAUUAGACAGCCACAUUGUGCGUUUCACAUCUUCCUGUCUAUUCACCAACAUCCUAACGUUUCUGCCCCCCCCCCAGGAAGAAGAAGUCCGUUAGCCUAAUAGCAUAGAUAGCAAAGUUUUUUCUUGUUUUUUCCAAAAACGUUCAAAUUUGACUUAGGCAACUAUGGCAUUAGGCUAACUUGCUAAAUUGUCAGCUGUGAAUGUGCUCCCACGUUUGCAUGACUUCCAAACGAAUCGUCAACUUUGGAAGCCAGUGGUUGGAAACCAGUUUGACACAAAUAUUAAUAUUUAGUCUGGAAAAUUCCCAAGUUUAUGAAUUAUGAAAUAAUAAUUAAUCCUUUCUCUUAUUUCGUCACAACAAAACUAUAGUGUAAACUGUCGUGUUCAAAGUACAAAAAGUUGAUUCCUUCAGCUCUCAUCCAGGUGGUUAAACUCGAACGUGAAAUCAAGACAUGAUCCAAGCUCCUCCGUCCCGCACACGCUACAUGCUAACGCUAACACUGAGCGCGUCUUACAUUAACGCCGCAGGGUGCCUUGUGUAGCAUAUACGUAUCGUACGAGUGGCCAGAGUCCAAAUCUUUUUUUUUUUCUCUGAAAAUGGGAAGUUGAGUUUGACGAGAAAAAGCAGGUUGUUAGAAUUAUUAUUUUAAAAAAAGGAAAAUGUCUUUCAAGUUCAUUAAAGUAUUUUGUAUUGGGAAACAAACAACAUACAAUUUGACAUCCACAUUUUCAACAUUUUUAUUAAAUUGUUUAACAAAUGUUGGAUUUGACAUUUCCCACAUUGCACUUGAUUUGUUUGUCAAUUGUGUACUAUAAUGCUGAGCAUGGAACAAGCUGACUUUAUAAAUAUGAAAACCUUUUUGGGUUGUCACAGUUUUCUCAGUUGGUCAGUCAAUCACUGCUUUACUGUAUGGUGUACGGGAUUUUAUUUAAUUUUUUCGUUUUUAACACAAUUUUAGUGAGCGGGCACACUGUAUUUUAUACUUCCUGACUCCAUCGCAACCUGAUCCGCACAACAUGACAACAACUAGCCAUAAACAGGAAGUCAGGUCCCUUCAAAUACGUAAAUGACAAAUCGCAAGUUAAUGACGUCCUAAUGAUUCAUAAUGAGAAAAUGUUUCCCUAAUUUGGUCAAAUGUACGAAAAGCGCAAAUGAACAUGUUAAUGUGCAAGAAGCACAAAUUGUUUACUUUUGAGACAAUUUGUGACGAUUUCUUUGGUGACUUUUAGCAGCAAAUUGAAAUUUGGGUCUCUGUAUGCAUUAAAUGAAAAAAUGUCCAAAUGAUUCAUGCCGCUCAAAGGAAACCAACAUCUCUGUAAGGUAGUGAAAAACUAAACAAAUUGGGUCAAAUGUUCAAUAAAAGAAAAUGAUCUUGAAUAUUUUGUUACAAUCUCUCGAGGUUUAUUUAAAAAAACGCUCUUCAUUUUAAAAAAAAGUGUGAUAUUGGCUGAUUUGAGUAAAGAAACCAUUUUUUUAGUCAUUGGUAAAUAAGUGAUUUGUCAAUUUGCUACGAUCUCUUUUUUAAAAUCCAUAAUUAGUAUAUUGUUAAUUUUAAUAAAAUCUACAUUACUGUAAUGUAUUGAAAAUAAUGAAACAAAUUAAGUCAAACGUACGAGAACCGGAAAUGAAGUAGUAAAAAUUAAUUUGUUAUAAUCUCUCCAGUCAAUAGAUAUAUAUUUAAAAAAGCUUUAAUUUUGUCAAUAAAAAAAAACCUCAGAUAUUUUUCAAGUCAUAAACUAGCUAACUUGAGUAAAAAAAAAACAAACAAAAAAACAACGUUUUUAGUGUAAUUGUUACUCAACGCGAUUUGUUACCUGUUUUAGAUAAAAUCACAAAUUAAAUACAACCGGAAUGUAACGACAAGAACUAAAAAAAUUAAGUCAAACAUUACGAGAGGCGCAAAUCAUGGCGAUGGUAAAAAUAUAUUUGUUGCAAUCUCUCCAGUUAAGAAUAUUAAAAAAAAAUGCAAUAUUUUUCAAAUGUCAUAAACUACCUAACUUCUGUCAAAAAAAAAAAAAACGUUUUUGUUUAAUUGUUACGUAACUUGCAAAAUCGAUUUGUUACUUGUCAGUUUGUUACGAUCUGUUAGUUAAAACCACAAGUGAAUUACGUCGGAACGAUUCAAGCUGCUAAAAUUAAACUGAAGUUCCCAUAAUGUAAUGAAAUAAGUAAACAAAUUAAAUCAAAUGUACAAGAAACAUUAGUCAUUUACUAUUUCAAAAAAGCUCUCAUUUUAUAAUUGAAAAAAAAAUGGCAAUAUUUUUCAAAUGCCAUAAACUUGCCAAUUUGAGUUAAAAAAACAAACAAAAAAAAAACCUUUUUUGUGUAAUUGUUACGUAACUGGCAGAUGUACCAGGCUAACGGAUUACCAGGAGGAGUUUGUAGACAAAACUUUUUGUAACGUUGUGACGCCCACGACAAAGCUAAGGAAAAAAAAAAAAAAAAAAGAAUUGCGCGUGCAGCGACUCCGAGCUUCCGAACUUCAGUGGGAUUCUUUUUUUUUUUUGUUUUUUCCACAGGUUACCGAGAAGAAGCGUGUCCAUGUUUGUAGACUUGCUGUGGGAUGGUUAUAUUUCUAUAGAAAAAAAUGCUAGUGAUGCGUUGUUUUUUGUACAGUUUUAUGUACAUGCAAUUGUAGUUUAGUUUUUUUCCAAUGAGAUGACAAAUACGAAUAUAUAUCUAUAUCUAAUAUCUCUAUACUCAAAGCGUGUGAAGGAAAUGUGGCGCGUAGGCUCGUCCGAUGUUCGUAGGCUCGCGUAGGAUCGUCACGCCGCUCAUCCACUUUUUGGGGGGGAUUAUUUUUCUCGUUUUUUUAAUAGCGGAGGAAUGUCGGGUGACGUGUUUGUUUCUUGGUUUGUUUGUCUUUUAUUGGCUUUUUUUUCCAUCCGCAUGUUUGACUUUGGAAUCAAUGUAAGUGCUCUUUUUUUUUUUUUUUUUUUUU